AUGUCAUGCUCAGCUCCCAUCACACGGCCACACCCGGCUCAGCCAAAUGCGAGCAAUUCUAGUGUGUCUUCGGGUAUCGGACUAACCGCAAACGAUGAUGAGAUGGGUACAGGAAGCGACUCAAGUAUUCCGUCCACCCUGUGCUUACGGUGUUCGAAAUUCCCGACCCACACCUUAGAGCUGGAUGAUCAGAACUCUUUGAACAGUUCCUCAACUCCACCGUGGCUCCCAUCCGCUCAAAAUAUCCCCUUGCCCGACCAGGAGUACCAUCUUUCAUCACUCUCAUUGAGGCUGGCAGCGGGAAUUGAUCGUUACAUUAGGAGCGUGAUGGCCGUGCCCGUUCUCUCUCCAGCUCAACAGCCCUCCCAGGACAUCUUGCGUCCAUUUACAAAUUCCGAGAUAGCCCCGAGUCUGACAGGAAUGACGGAUCCGGUGAGCCGCUCUUCAUACAUCGAAUUCCCACGUUGCUCCAGAGCCUAA